AUGGCGGCCACGGACCAUUCCCGCUCCGAAGCUGCCAAACAGCGACGGCAGGAUCAGCUCCAGCGAUGGCUGGGCUCGGAGACGGACCGGACGGGGUCGGAGGGCCGGAAAAGCACGGGCGGUUCUGGGACGCGGCGGGCUAAAGUGCAGUUCGCACAGGGCGCCGUGUUUAUGGCCGCCUGCUCCGCCGGAGACCGGGAGGAGGUGGCGGCGCUGCUCCGACAAGGAGCCGACAUCAACCACGCCAACGUAGACGGGCUGACAGCGCUGCACCAGAAUCACCCGUAUGUUGAUCUGUCGGCGAAUGCUGAUCUGUCGGCGAAUGCUGAUCUGUGGCGGAUAGAUGUGGAUAAAGCCCGAAAGGAGGAGGAGAGGAUCAUGCUCCAGGAUGCCAGGGCGCUGCUGGAAGGAGGCGGCUCUUUGACGCCUCACCCCAACACCAAGGCGACCGCCCUGCAUGUCGCCGCAGCCAAAGGUUACAUCGAAGUCUUGAAGGUGCUGUUACAGUGCAGGGUGGAUGUGGACUGCAGAGACGUAGACGGCUGGACGCCUCUGCAUGCAGCAGCUCACUGGGGACAGGAGGAGGUGUGCACCCUGCUCGCUGACCACAUGUGUGACAUGGCCGCCGUCAACAACGUGGGGCAAACGCCUCUAGACGUUGCAGACGAGAACCUGGUGGACGCCCUGGAGGAGCUGCAGAAGAAACAGAACGCUUUACGCAGCGAGAGACAGAAACAGAGUCCUGUUAUUGAGACCAAUCAACCAAUCUCCAUGGUACCAGUCCGCACUCGCAGGACAUCUAUCUCUCGCAUGAGCAGCAAGGAGAAGAUAGGCAUCCAUGAGCGGGAGAAGCACCCGCCUCCUGCCCUGCCCAGUAGUCCGGCCGAGGAUGACGAGGAGGAAGGCCAUACGGGGCAGAGCCAGGCGAAGGCCUCCAGCAGCUCCAGCUCAGAGGAGGAGAGCGAGUCGGAGAGCGACGCCGAGUCCGAGAAAGCUAAAAAUAGAGAAAUCAUAAACAACUUAAACAACAAGCGAAACACCAGCAGCAUGCUGUCUACCUCCAUGUCGGGGAGUACCACUGCAAGCCAGGGGAAAAAGGAACCAAGUAAGCCUCUGGCCACCGAGUCUCCGGGCUCAUGGAGGACGUCCCUGAGGAAGGCGGGCAGCUCGGUGACCCUGGGCUCAGCUGGGCUCUCAGACUCCAUCCAGGACCCAAGCAGGGCCACAGAGUCUGGACUCAGAAUGAGCCGCUCCGCCUCCAGCCCGCGCCUCAGCUCUGAGGCCAACACCAAGGAGCCAAGGCUCGCUCGAGUGCCGCCAACUCCGACACGGAGACUCUUCAGUAUUCCAGAUAACAGCUCUGACGGCUCCAGCAGCUGGCUAAGCCGUAGCUCGUCUUACACUCGGCGACUUCAUAGUCAGUUAGGGAAUGAGUUCACUAGCUCCACGCCAUCUUUGCUGCACAGCUCGUCUUACACGAAGAGACUGGAUGACGCCAACGUGACCUCAUCAAGUACAGGAACCAGCUCUGCUGGACUCAGCCGCCUUAAUAGUCUGUUAGCUCAGAGGUAUUUUAUCUCAACUAUUGUUUUGUGGCUUGGAGUUUGUGAUUGUUAUGCUUUUUUAAUGCCUAAAAUGGGGACAUAAAGAAGCUAAAGUGUG